UAUCAAUCAUCACACACGCAUCUCACUUUUUUAAUGGAUAUAUAUAUAUGUAUACACAUCCCUCUCCUUCUCUCAUUCUCACACUGCACUGAGAUUUAAUUCCAUUUCUUAUCAGAGAGAUCUCUCCAAUCCAAACCCAUAUAAAUUAAGCGCACUUGGUUUGUUUAUUGGUGAUAAAAAUGGUGAGAGCUCCUUGCUGUGAGAAGACGGGACUCAAGAAAGGUCCUUGGACUCCUGAAGAAGAUCAGAUACUCAUCAGUUACAUCCAACAAUAUGGCCAUAGCAAUUGGAGGGCACUUCCCAAACAAGCUGGUUUAUUGAGGUGUGGAAAGAGUUGCAGGCUCCGGUGGAUUAAUUAUUUAAGGCCGGACAUUAAACGAGGAAAUUUCACCAGAGAAGAAGAGGAUACCAUCAUCCAAUUGCAUGAAAUGCUAGGAAGUAGAUGGUCAGCAAUUGCAGCUCGAUUACCAGGACGAACAGACAAUGAAAUAAAAAAUGUAUGGCAUACCCACUUGAAGAAGAGACUACUGAAGCAAAAUCCUGGCGACCCAAAAAUCAAAAGACGUUCAAUUGAUAUGUCUAGAGUUGAUAAACAAUUGAAAACAGAACCUGAUGCUAAGUUGGUCAAUUUAUCAAAUCAUACAGGAUCUGAGUCCUCUGAUGGAUUAGAAUAUAGGCCAAUUUCUCCACAACAGUGUUCCUCCAGUGAAAUAUCUUCUGUGAUCACAGGUGACUAUGCCAAUAAUAACAUGUCUUCCAUGAAGUUGGAGUUAUGGGAUGAUUUUCCAGAAAUGGAUGAGAAUUUCUGGUCAGAAGUAUUGUCAAGUGAUCAGUCAACCUCGGCAAGUGAUUUUCCGGCCACCGCAGAGGCUGUACAAUUUCAUAUUCCGUUUUCUACACUAGAAAAUGCCAUGGAACCUGCAGCACAGUAUGCCUGUAAUUCAAGUAUGCAUGAUAGCAUGGAAUUCUGGUACAAUCUUUUCACAAGAGCUGGGAAAUCACCAGAAUUAUCAGAAAUUUAAAUAAUUUGGUUGGAUAUUAAAAAAAAAAAAAAUCAGAUGGCAUAUUAAGUGUAAUGAAUUAGAUCUGUCCAAUUUGUUGUGAGUUCAGAAAAGAAGACAACUUAUACUAUUAGAAAAUUAUUCAACUUGAUGAAAAA